GAAACAGUUGAUGGACAAAGAUAGUGUGGUGCACAAGAAGGUGAAAUAGAUGAAGGAUAUGGCUGGAAAAGAUGUCCUUAGUGGUGCUCUUCUUUGAAUUCUGUUGAAGAACUAAUUGAGGGUAUUGUAGAAGCCUAAAAGACUAAGAAGAACAAAGAACAUGGAUGACACUGAGCUGAAGAACAAAGCAAAAUUGAUCUUCAUUCCUUCACCAGGAAUUGGUCACUUGUCUUCAGCUCUUGAAUUUGCAAAACUUCUAAUCAACCGUUAUAACCACCUUUCCAUCACAAUCCUCUGCAUCAAGCUCACUACCACCUCCGUUUCUGAUUCAUAUAUAAAAUCAGAUUUAUCUUCACAAUCACAAAUCGAACUUGUCAACGUCCCUGAAAUAGAACCACUUCCACCAGAGCUGCUACUGAAAGCUCCACUAUACUAUGUCUUGACCUUUUUGCAGAACCUUGCGCCGCACGUCAAAGAAACUGUGCAAAGCAUUUUAUCAUCCUAUCCGAAUUCUGGGUCGGAACCAGCUGUUGCGUUGGUUGUCGAUUUCGUGUUUGCUUCCCUGAUUGAUGUGGGAAGAGAACUGAGCAUCCCUUCUUAUUUAUACAUGCCAUCAAAUGCAGGAUUUCUAAGUCUCAUGCUUUCCCUCCGCAAUCGUCGAAUGGAGGAUGUUUUCAAUGAUUCUGAUCCUGAUAUACUGAUUCCAGGUAUCUCAAAUCUUGUUCCUUUAAAGGUUUUACCUGAUGCUCUUUUAAGCAAAGAUGGAUACGUUCCAUGUCACAUGCUAGCGCAGAAGUUCAUAGACACCAAAGGUAUCAUUGUUAACACUUUUAUGGAGAUAGAGAAGUAUGCUAUUGAUGCAUUAUCUGAUGGGAAAAAUCCUCCUAUAUAUGCUAUUGGUCCUUUGAUUAAUCCAAAAUCUCAUCCAAAUUCAAAGUUAGAACAAACCCAACAUGAUAUGAUAUUGAGAUUUCUUGAUUACCAAGAAACUUCUUCUGUUGUUUUUCUGUGUUUUGGGAGUAGGGGAAGCUUUAGUCCAUCCCAAACAAGGGAAAUAGCUACGGCGCUUCAGCGUAGUGGAGUUAGGUUCUUGUGGGCUAUGCGUUCGCCACCAAACAAAGCCAGUGAUGAUGAGAGUGCCUUGCCAGAAGGGUUCUUAGAAUGGAUGGAAGGCAUGGGAAUCAUUUGCGAAUGGGCGCCACAAAUUGAGAUUCUUGCACACAAAGCCAUUUGUGGCUUCGUGUCGCAUUGUGGUUGGAACUCUAUUUUGGAGAGCUUGUGGUUUGGGGUACCAAUGUUGACAUGGCCUAUCUAUGCAGAACAGCAACUGAAUGCUUUUAGGAUGGUGAAAGAGUUUGGAUUAGCAUUGGAGUUAAAACUGGAAUAUAGAACUGGAAGUGAUGUUGUAAUGGCAGAUGAGAUAGAGGAAGGACUGAAAAAAUUGAUGGAGAAAGAUAGUAUUGUGCACAAGAAGGUGCAAGAGAUGAAAGAUAUGGCUAGGAAUGCUGUCCUUGAUGGUGGAUCAUCUUUCAAAUCUAUUGGAGAGUUUGUUGAUAGUAUAUGAGCUUGUGUUACAUGCACUCAAAAGUCAAAAUUUCUUGUACACUCUCACAGUUGAUUCACUUUUCUUUGAUAUAUUGUGUAGCAGAUAAAAGUAUGCUGGCUCAAUGUACGG